UUGAAAUUUCAGUUUGGGCCAAAUGCAUGGUAUCCAUUUCGUGGUCUCACCGAAGAGUUUAAACGGCGACUAGCCGUUUAUCCAUCAGAUUUCACCGAUGGGGUGACUGGUCAUCGAACGAUGUCGAAAUUAUUUUCAACUGUAGUAUUCCUUUACUUUGCCUGUCUCCUGCCCGCAAUUGCCUUUGGUGUGCUCAACGAUGACAAUACGAAUGGGGGCAUUAAUGUUCGAAAAGUGAUUAUUGCUCAAGCGAUUGGUGGUAUAUUUUUCUCAUUGUUUGGCGGUCAACCGAUGAUUAUUCUGCUCACCACCGUUCCAUUAGCUAUAUACAUAAAAGUGAUCUAUAAAAUCUCUCAAGAGCUCGGCUACGAUUUUUUCGCUAUGUAUGCUUGUGUUGGUUUAUUUUGUCAAAUGUUUCUCGUGCUCUAUUCAGCCACUGAAUUAUGCAGUUUAAUGAAAUUAGCAACAAGAUCGGCAGAAGAGAUGUUCUCCUUAUUUAUUGCUAUAGCAUUCACUGUGGAAAGUGUACGGGCCAUACACAACAGUAAGAUUUUCCUUAUCUGUUUUCGUGCCUUCAAAACCUAUAAGUUCGAAAAUUUGAAAAAUAACCGAUCAAUGUUUUCAGUAUUCCUCAGAAACUAUAGCGGAUGCGAUUUAAUGAACAAUACAAAUUCAAGUUUUAUUAAUGUUACAUCUGCAGUUAAUCAGGAUAAUGGCGUAUUGUGUAGAAGAGAUACGACAAUACUGUAUAUGUUGCUAAUGUUUGGAACAUUGUGGCUUGGUCUUUUUCUCUACAAUUUCAGAAAGACGCCAUAUCUAACAAGAUCACGUCGAGAAUGGCUAGCCGACUACGCUUUGCCAGCUUCUGUCCUUAUCAUGUCGUUCACUGGAUCCUAUUGCUUCUCUGAUAUUGCAAAAGAUCGUUUCAAGCUUCGUGAGAAUGUGCCAAUUAUGCACUUAGCCGAUAUUUUCUCAUUGCCACCGUCUGGAUACUUUGUGUGCCUUCUCUUAGGAUUCUCGUUGUCAUUCCUUUUUUUCAUGGAUCAAAAUAUCACGUCAGCUAUUGUGAACAAUCCACAGAACAAGCUAAAAAAAGGCCAAGCACAAAAUUUGGACCUCUUCGUUGUUGCUCUUCUCAACGUCUUUCUAUCGAUGUUCGGUUUACCUUGGAUGCAUGGAGCGUUGCCACAUUCUCCGUUACACCUGCGAGCCCUAGCGGAUGUGGAAGAGAGGGUCUCGCAAGGACAUGUGCAUGAAGUAAUCAUGAACGUGCGCGAGACACGGCUAGCGACAUUAAUUGCACAUUCCAUGAUACUUAUAUCGACGUUCUACUUAAUACCGUAUCCUCUACAAUUGAUUCCAACAUCCGUACUGCAUGGACUAUUCUUAUAUAUGGCUCUAACCUCAUUAUCAGGCAACGAGAUGUUUGAGCGGCUGUUGUUGUUGAUUACCGAACAGCAAGCAUAUCCUCCUACUCACUACAUUCGCAAAGUACCGCAACGAAAAGUCCAUCUUUUCACUGCGUGCCAACUGUUGCAACUUGUGAUUCUAUGUGCAUUUGGCUUUUCUCCGUAUCCUUUCAUUGAGAUGGUAUUCCCAAUUGUCUGCAUCUUCUUCUUACCUAUAAGGUAAAU